AUGAGGUUCAAAAAUACCUACCAGUCUGGAUUCCUGUCCAUUCUCUACUCCAUCGGCAGCAAGCCUCUUCAGAUCUGGGACAAGAAGGUGCGCAAUGGCCAUAUCAAGCGCCUCACGGACUCUGACAUCCAAUCCAGCGUUCUGGAGAUCAUGGGGACCAAUGUGAGCACAACGUACAUCACAUGCCCGUCGGAUCCUGCGAAGACACUGGGAAUCAAACUCCCCUUCUUGGUCAUGAUCAUCAAGAACCUGAAGAAGUACUUCACCUUUGAGGUCACGGUUCUGGACGACAAGGAGGUCCGCCGGCGCUUCCGAGCCUCCAACUACCAGAGCACCACCAGGGUGAAGCCCUUCAUUUGUACCAUGCCCAUGCGACUAGAUGAAGGCUGGAACGCGGCGGUUCGCACGCGGAGGAUGGAAUCAGUGCCUCGCUUGGAAAGCCGCGUUGUUUGGACGUGGAUUCAGUUCAACUUGUCGGAUUUCACCCGCCGCGCGUAUGGGACGAACUACAUCGAGACUUUGCGUGUGCAGCUCCAUGCCAACUGCCGCAUCCGGCGAAUCUACUUCAGCGAUCGGCUCUAUAGCGAGGAGGAGCUGCCUCCGGAGUUCAAGCUCUUCCUCCCAGUGGCCCAGAAGGCACAAGGUGCUUUGGCUCCCAGGGUGACCCUAGCGGACACUUGGAAGAAGGGCGCGCACGGGGUUUUCCGGGCGGGCGACCGGACCGAGGAACCUCAAACGGUCAUGAACCACCCAACGCCUCAAAAGGCGAAGACAGCUUUGCUUCUGCCUGACAAUGUGGCCACCUUGAUGCUUGGAGGCUACAAGGUGAAUGUCUCACAACACGUGGCCUUGAGCCCAUUGCAGCUGCAGCUCCGUGCUAUCUUCCAGGUCAUAGGUGCAGCCACUGGCUUCGUGGCCUACAAUGCGACUGGUCUCGACGCUCUUCAGUACACGAUCCGCAGCGGCUUGCUUGAAAAGGAGGGUCUCCAAGCCCAGUACGCCCCACAGACGCCCAGUACGACACCCGCCGUGGAGCAGGUGAAGUCUGGCCAAGCAGAUCUUUGCCAACUGGCCGUGGCCGCUUCCUUUGCCGAGCUCGAAAGGUUGAAAGAACUGCAAACAGCUCUGAGCUUCCUUGCGCAGGUCAUGCACCGGAUACUGGCCAUUGGGAAGCUCAAGGCUUUUUCGAAUCUUUCCGCAGAAGCGCCGGCGCUGUGCAGGCGCAUUUUCAACAGUCAGAGCCUCCACUCACGAUCUGCACUGAUCAAUGCAAUGCUUUGCAAGACGCGCAAGUCGACAGAGAAAACGGCGCUGGUGCACUUCGCUCAGAUCAAUGCUGCUUGGCCUGAAGGACCUUUGAAGGAGCGCGACGGCUUCUUUCUCGUAGGCCGCACGAAAGAUUUCCAGUGGAGAGACUUGGAGAACAAGGAGGUGCUGGUGGAUCAUCUCUUUCAACCUCUGGCCUUGAUGAAAUAUGCCUGCCAUUUGCAGAAUGUGGACUAUUCAAAGAUGAAGGUGGUUGACGCAGGCAGUUCCUCCUUGUUUUUGCAAACACGAUGGAACCAUGGUGAUUUCGUCCACCUGCAGGGCCCUGCAGCCCAGAAGCUGGAAUAUGAGGGCAAAGGUGUGGUGGUUGCAUCGAUGGGCGAUGUGAUUGGACCAGAAUGGCUGAAGACGGAUGUGGCCAGAGCCUUCAUGCGAGCCUAUCGACAGGGCCGCGCAGCCACUGCGCAGUUAGCAGCGAAAGAAGUGGCGGAGGUCGUCCAGCCGUUCUUCUCAGAGGUGGACCCCGAAGUCUUGGUCUCCACCGUGGCCGUGUAUCAGAAGAUGGGCUGCUGGGAUGGCGAGGUGGAAAUUCCCAAGGCAACUUAUGAGAAGCUCCUGGAUGCCUUCCUCUACAGUGGUGUCAUCUCCAAGCGUCAUCCCUAUGAUGCUAAGCCGAGGCGGCCCAGUUCCAAAUCCUUUGAGAUCGCUGUGACGCUGCGUGAAGUGAAGACACCAGUUCCACCAGGACCGGAGUUGGGUGAAGCACCGGACACCCCAAAUGACCUCGGUUGUGCUUCUGCAUACUUGGCUGGGGCACCCAGAGAAAUCUUGGGCCAGUGGGCAUCUCAUCAGCAGACAAUCAAGAUUGCAGUGCAGAAUGCGGGCUUGCCCUUGCAACUUCUAGAGGCACGUUGCUCCCCACAACUUCGCGAGUACCAGGUGCCAGCGGAUCGGUGGUGGCAGUUGGGGGUCUCGUUCGACCCGCCCUGGUUGACAGGGCAGGUGGAGCUACCAGAGCUCGAUGUGGGUGAUUUAGAGUUGGAGCUCCUAAAGGCCGGAGAUGUCAUGCCUGGGAGUGACCUGCUCUCCUUGGGUGCGGAAAACCGUGACUUAGAUGAGGUGGCUGAGGAGCUGCUGCGGCUCUUCCAGGUUGCGUUUGGUGCCUCAGUGCCCAAGUUGCUGGACGGCUACAUCUCCCUGCGAGGCCGUGCAGCAGUGAACGACAUGCUGGAGGAGCGGGAGUGGCAGAGCGCCCGCGCCCAGGAGCUGCAGGAACAGCCCGAGCAAGAGCCGAAGCAGGCGGCUGGGGUGGUGGCUGGAGCCAUCGACGUGCCGGCUGGGUAUACCUCGGUGGCCUUUCUGAGUGCCACUCUGGUGUUCUUCGCAGCUGCUUGGAGAAUGCCCAUCAUGGAUGUGGAUUAUGAUGAGACGCUUUCCGCCCACGUCCGGCACGAGGUUCAUCUUUGCUGGAUCUUCCUCCGAAGAAAGCCAGGUGAGAGCUCUCCAGCCUCGCAGUCGGCGGCUCAGGGGCGCGCCGCGGCCCUCGAGCGGCGUUCCGAAACGAGGAAUGGCCUCACCGAGGCUUUGCACUUCGGAAAGCUCUUGGAGAGGGCUUUUCAGCCUGAUUUUAUGCACAAAGUGGAGACCUUCGAUCCGCUGCCCCACGAAGAGUUCUUGGAUUUAGCUCGGCUCUUCCAGCCCCGGGUCGUGAGCAACGGCGAGGCCAUCAUCAAGCAAGGUUCUGAAGGCACAGAGCUUUACUUCAUCCAGACGGGACUUUGCUCUGUGCGAGUGCAAGAAGGACAACAUGAGAGACAGGUCGCCACUCUACGACCAGGCGCCUACUUUGGCGAGGUGGCCUUGAUCGAGCACGAGCCGCACAACGCCUCCGUCUAUGCGCAGGGCGAGGUGCUGCUGUACGGCCUGCAUAAGAGCCAUUUCUACGACUUCCGGCUCUCGGAGCGGCUCAAUUUUCAACUGAAGUAUCCCGUGGCGCGCAAUGCAUUGCAGAUCAUCUUCGGAAGGACAUCCAGAAGGAUUCGAAGCUUUUACAAGGUGUGCUUUACCCUAUUUCUUUACCUGCUGGUCUCUGGCAUCAUGUUUCAUUAUCUUGAAGGUUGGGGAUAUUCUGACUGCAUCUACUUUGCCAUCAUCACGCUCAUGACAGUGGGCUAUGGUGACCUGGUGCCCAAGAAUUGGUUCUCACGAAUUUGGCUGGUGCUUUUGAUCCUGGUGUCUUGGGUCUUGGUGGCCCAUGCCAUUGGUGAGUUCUUGGAUCGCAUGGUGCGCUUGGAGAUGAAGAACGAGAAGGCCCGCAAGAGCCUUCGGCUCCGCCGGCCGCGGCACGAAGUCUUCGACGAAGCCGGGCGAAGGCGACACUUCAAGUGUCAAAUGCUGAAAUGCCUGGGUGCUUUGGCCCUGCAGCUUGGCAGCUUGGACAGGCUCCUCUUCGUGAGCUGCCUGGCUGCGCAAACCUUGGUACUGGAGAAACCCAAUUGGACUGACUGGACAGAGGCGCUCUACUUUAGUGUGGUGACCCUGGCAACCAUCGGAUAUGGGGACGAUGUGACGCCCAAGUCCGAGAAGUCGAAGCUAUCGAUUGGACUCCUGGCCUUGAUCGGCGUGCCCUUAUUCGGUUUGAUCCUGGGUCGCAUCGUCCAGAUCACCUACGGCAAAGCACGGCGGGAAAGUCUACCAGAGGUCUGUGGAGGUCUCACCAAUGAGACCUUUGAUCAGUCGCCCGGUCGCAGGGAGAGCACAGAGGUUUGCGGUAGAGAGGAAGGUGCGCCGGCCGCGGUGACUUCAGACCUCGGGUCUGUGGGGAGAAAGGAUGUGUUGGUGGUUUGGCUGGGCUGA